AUGCUAAAAAUCCACGUAAGAGCAGCGAUAAGAAGAUAUGUAACUUCAAGCGCUACAUUUGCUACUCCAGCGGCCCAGAAAUUGGUACAAAGUCGAGUACAACAGAUCCCCCUUCCCAAGGUGUUGAAAAGUUUCUUAGAUGAGUACGUUGUUGGCCAGGAGAUCGGUAAGAAAGUGCUCAGUGUUGCAGUAUAUAACCAUUAUUUGAGGGCUUAUGAUAAGCAGAAGAAAGCUGAAAUGAAAAUGCAGCAGGAAAUACUGGAAGAAGAGAGGAGGAAAGAUGAUGAAAAUGAACCACUUUAUUCAGGUAGCAGUGAAUCCAAGGCAGGCUUGAAGAACCUUCAGCAACAAUUUGGCUUGAGCUCGACUAGAAAUGAUGAUGAUUUGGAAUUGAGUAAGAGUAACGUUCUAGUCAUUGGGCCCUCUGGUUCCGGUAAGACACUUUUGGCAGCAACUUUGGCAAGAGUUUUGGACGUUCCAAUUGCUAUAACAGAUUGCACUCAAAUGACACAGGCCGGCUACAUAGGUGAAGAUGUUCAGGUGUGCGUUGAAAGGCUCUUAGUCAAUGCCGACUUCGAUGUGGCAAAGGCUGAACAGGGCAUAAUUGUCCUAGACGAAAUAGACAAGUUGGCUAAACCAGCGGCAAGCAUUGGCACAAAAGAUGUCUCUGGUGAAGGUGUUCAACAGGCACUGCUAAAGCUUAUCGAGGGCCAUAAACUUGAAGUCAAUGUUAAACGUCCAGUAAAGGCAGGAACCGACAAUCAAAAAAAUACGACCACAGCAAAGAAAGACGAAACUUUCGUAGUCGAUACCUCCAAUAUCUUAUUCAUGAUAAUGGGGGCCUUUGUCGGUCUCGACAAACAUGUCUCCAAGAGAAUAAAUACUUUAAGAGCUCCUAAAGAACAUCAAACCCAGGAAUCCCAGAAAGAUGAUAUCCAAAGACUAAGGUUCAAUAAUACGAUAGAAGAAAUUGUGCUUGAUAAUGGGAAAAGGGUUUCGGCCCUAAAUAUGGUAACCCCAUCAGAUCUCGUCAGUUUUGGUUUGAUCCCGGAAUUGAUUGGAAGGGUUCCUAUAGUAACAGCACUGGAGCCUCUACAGAAAAAGGAUCUGUACGAAAUUCUGAGAGAGCCAAAAAAUGCAAUUUUAGAUCAAUACAAGUACAUUUUCCAGCAAUUCAAUGUCAAACUCAGUGUAACUAGAAAAGCACUCGAAAAGGUGGCCCAAUUUGCUCUUAAAGAGGGCACUGGGGCAAGAGGUCUAAGAGGCAUCAUGGAAAGGCUAUUACUAAACGUGAAUUAUCAGUGCCCCGGCUCUGGAAUUUCUUACGUACUAAUAGAUGAAGAGACAGUGAACUCAUUGCAACAAACCGAACAUUCUUUGGCAAGUCAUGUGGAGGCCAAAUAUUACUCGAGAGGGCAGAGAGAUGAGUUUAUCAAUGAUACCACAAAGGAAGAUGAAGAGCUUGGGAGAGAAUUAGACAGAGAGUUUGGACGAACACCUACGAGAGAAAAAGAACAUCAGGAAAUUGAUACAUAA